AUGACUUCCAACAACCAGCAACCCAACUUCCAACUGUCAGAUCCGAUGGAUUCGAUGGCCGAUAUCAAGACGAAAGUUAUCCUAGUUGGUAUUGGAGGCCCGACAUGUUCAGGGAAGACAACACUGACUAAACACAUGAAGGACAUUCUUCCGAAUAGUGUCAUCGUUCAUCAGGAUGAUUUCUUUCUGCCGGAAGAGAUGCUUUCUACGCACCAAGGUCUCAACACCAAAAACUGGGACGCACCGAGCGCUAUAGACUGGCCUCAGAUGCGGAAGUUUCUCCGGGACGUAAAGAGCUUCGGUGGCAUCCCACUCAACCACACAGGCUACGAUACUUGGAAUGAUGGAAGAAAUGUACCCAUUGAUGAGAAUAGGGCAGAUGCCUGGAAGGCACGUUUUCAAGAUCUUGAGCAGCGCUGUUUGGUCGCUGCUAACACCAAAGUAAUCUGGGUGUUAGUUGACGGAUUUAUGUUAUACUGGGACCAGGAUGUUAUUCGUCUGCUAGAUGUUUGCAUUUUCUUGCGCGUGCCAAAGCACAUACUGAAGAAGCGGCGUGAAAUACAGUUUCAGUUUUUGCCAGAACCUGGAGUACCUUGGACUGAUCCAGAAGGUUAUUGGGAUGUUGUCUGCUAUCCUGAAUACAUUGUGACACAUAAGGACCUAUUCAAGGAUGGAAAUGUUGAAACUGGCGAACCGAGUGAGAGCCAGGUGAAAGGGUUGCUUGUGAUCGAGCCUGAAGCCAAGGCGAGAAUGGAUAUGAUAGAUAUUGUAGAGACUUGCUUGGAGAAGCUUGCUUGUGUGGCAAGCGACCUCACGGGACAUUGA